CGACGCACGAGGCCUGUAGUUUGAAAGCCGCACGGGGCCUUGGCGAUCCGUGCUGUUAGCCUCAUUACGAACAAAGUUAUAUUAUUUUUAAUGUAGUCGGUGCGUUUUUAACUCGUCGUACGCGGCAAGACAACAGCUGCUUUUGUGGGACGGUUGUCAACAAACGGAGCACCGGUCCGACGGGGUGUCUUUCUUAGAGGAGCGGGUUCGAACCGCAUUGUUUUUGUGACUGAGUUGCCCAGAACUCCCACCGCAAGGAGAAAAGAAAGCUAGCCCGGCUAAGUUGCUAGCGGGUAGCUAGCGGCGAACUUGCGUGCUAUUCACUUCCUUGUUGCGCUCAGGUUUGUGAUGGAAGAGGAGAAGUUUGAGUGGAGCAGAGUUGUCUUUUUUUCCCCUACAUUUUAACACUAUCUGGUGAAUGGACUCAAAGGCUUCUGUGGAUCGUCACAUUUUUUUAAGAAUAAGCGAGUUUUUAAAUUUCGGAGCUGCUCUGGCCUCAUGAAAAUGGAAUGAGAUUCUGUGGAGCUGAACAGUUAGCUUAGCUGCGCCGAUUAGCCGUGGCUAACAAAUCUUGCUAGACAUCCGUCUUGGAGCACAAUGGUUAAGUAUGGACUAGCUUUAUAACUUAACACCGGGUUGAUAAUUGAGUGUGGCGGAAUCUUUUGACGCCGAGUGUCCUUAACUCACUUUCUCCGGAAGCUUUAUUGUGCUCGGCUUUGUAAUGGGAAUGCUAAGCUUGUGCUUUUGCUAACGAUCUGCGAAUUUUGCCGAGACGUCGCUAAGUAAGCCUGUUUCACGGCUAGCCCGAUGUUGUGUUCAACGACACAAGGGACAUAGUUUACAUUAAGCAUAGCAUACUGUUCUGAACUUCGUCGUUACUUUAUUUUUUAAUUUGGAGGAUAAAUGCCCAACACAGAGGUGCUUCGAGAGGGUCGGGCACGGAGCCCCUCUGCGCAGCGAAAUGCUACCAGGCAGGACAGGCGGAGUAAAGCGGGGAGCGGUGCCGCUCAGCGAGACAAACGCCGAGAGAAGGGGCGCUCGUCGGCUUCACGGAGAAAGAAACGCAGGCUUGCCAAGAAUAGAAACUUGUGGCCAACAGGUACUGUAGGAGACCCCGACAACGACCGAAAUAGCGCGUUUGAAAAGGAGCUGGAACUUCGGACGUUAGUAGAAUAUGACGACGUGAGCUCCCAGUCGGAGCGGUUUUCUGGAAGCCCCUCUCCGAAACCCUAUCCCCAUGCCGAUGGUCUGUCAAUGGAUCAACUCAGCGAUGUUGACAUUAGAGACAAUAAUGGACCAGCAUCCCCAGACAGAAGUCAUCUGGGAGGCCGGGAGGCAGCGUGUCUCCGUAAAAAUGAUAUAACAAGAGGACCAUCUGCGAGGAACAAGCAAGACAAGGGGAUAAACAGGAAAAAGGACCGCCAGAGUCGAGAGAAAGACUCGUCAAAGGUCAGGAGUGGAGGUAGCCUGAGUGGCUCUAAAAAUCACAAAGACUCUGCGAGAAGCAGUGACAGAAACAGUAAAAGAACCUCAGCGUCUCAGUCCUUGCAGUCCGCAGAGAAAAAGGAUUCAAAAAGACACAGAAGUAAAACAAGAUCUGACAAAGAGACCCCUUCUGCAUACAGAGAGACCCCACAGUCUUACAGAGAAGAACGUGAGGACCUCAAAGCCUACAAGAGAAGUCCUGGUUUUAAAGCAGAAAGUCCCUAUGGGACAUCAUAUUCCUAUAGCUACCAGUCUCCUGGUGGUUAUAACCAGCUGAUAUCAAGAAGAAGUCCAACUUAUGGGAGCAAAAGACUGUCUCCCAGUUCCACAUAUUACAGCCGGGACACAGAUGUUUAUGGAGCGUUUGGUGUUCCAAAGUCACCUAGCUCGUACUCAAGCAACAAGAGGAAGCGAUCCCCUGUGAGCCCAGUGAACUGGCGCAGAUCACCGAGUUACGGUCGGCACAGUCCAUAUGAACAAGGAGAGUUUGUCUCAAGUUCUUAUGGAAACCACAGAAGAUCUCGAAGUCCUUAUAGGAAGUCCCUGAGUCCGAGUCCAGAUGUCAGGCGAUCUGCAAGGUCACGUAGCAGAAGUCCAUAUUCGACAUCAAGACCUUCGCGCUCUCACAGCCGUCACCGCCACUCUCGCUCCCGCAGCCGCCCCUCCAGUCUUUCGCCAAGCACACUCACGUUCAAAUCCAGCCUCGCAGCUGAGCUCAGCAAGCAGAAAAAGGUUAAAGCUGCAGAAGCAGCGGCCAAGGCCAAGAACGCAAGCGACACAUCAACUCCAACCAAGGGUUCCUCGUCCGCACCUCAGCCCAGCCCCAAGUCAAACCACACAGCCAGGAAGGGACGCCCUCCCUCGCCGCCUCAACCGGAGAAGGGACCCAGAACCCCCACGUCCAGCCAGCCUCAGUCCCCUUCCGACAAGUUGUCCAAGAAAAUCACGGAGCAGCAGAACAGUAGAGAGCGAGACGGAAAGGGAAGGGAUGACUCUGUCCAUCGGGACAAGAGGAAAGCACCAGCAUCCGCACAGAGCAAAGACAAGGAACGGGCUGCUGGUCUAGUUAUUUCUACACUGCCACCGCUGCCGUUGCCCCAAAUAACAACUGACCCUUCAGACAAAGAAAGCUUAAAGGACAGCUCAGUCUCAGGAAAAAAGAAGAUGGAGAAAAAGACUCGUCAACUCCUCGCUGACCUGCCUCUGCCYCCUGAACUUCCCGGCGGUGCAGCAUCUUCUCCGCACAGCCCUCCCGAUGACAAAAAGUCACACACACUUCGUCGAAGGCCCAAAAUUUGUGGUCCGAGAUUUGGUGAGAUAAAAGAAACUGAAAUAUACUGGGGGAAACGAUGCGUGGACAAGUUUGAGAUUAUUGGAAUCACGGGGGAGGGUACCUACGGUCAAGUCUACAAAGCUAAAGACAAAGAUACUGGUGAAAUGGUGGCUUUGAAGAAAGUUCGCCUGGACAAUGAAAAGGAGGGCUUCCCUAUCACAGCCAUCAGAGAGAUAAAAAUUUUGCGACAGCUCAAUCACAAGAGUAUCAUAAACAUGAAGGAGAUUGUGACGGACAAGGAAGAUGCUCUGGACUUCAGGAACGAUAAAGGUGCUUUUUAUCUCGUAUUUGAGUACAUGGACCACGACUUGAUGGGUUUGCUCGAGUCUGGCUUGGUCCAUUUCAACGAGAACCACAUCAAGUCUUUUAUGAGACAGUUGCUGGAGGGCUUGGACUACUGCCACAAGAAGAACUUCCUGCACAGAGACAUCAAAUGCUCCAAUAUACUUCUUAAUAACAAAGGUCAGAUUAAGCUCGCAGACUUUGGGCUCGCUCGACUGUACAACUCAGAAGAAAGUCGACCAUACACCAAUAAAGUGAUCACGCUGUGGUACCGUCCCCCAGAAUUACUCCUGGGAGAGGAGAGGUACACACCUGCUAUUGACGUCUGGAGCUGCGGGUGCAUUCUUGGGGAACUUUUCACAAAGAAACCCAUCUUUCAGGCAAACCAGGAGCUUGCACAGUUGGAGCUCAUCAGUCGAAUAUGUGGCAGUCCCUGUCCUGCUGUUUGGCCAGAUGUUAUAAAGCUUCCCUUCUUCAACACCAUGAAACCAAAGAAGCAAUACAGGAGACGUUUAAGAGAGGAGUUUGCUUUCAUCCCACCUUCAGCCUUGGAUCUCUUUGACCACAUGCUGAACUUGGACCCCAGCAAACGCUGCGCAGCCGAACAAGCUCUGAACAGCGAGUUUCUCAAGGAUGUGGAUCCAGACAAGAUGCCUCCACCAGAUCUUCCGCUUUGGCAGGACUGUCAUGAGCUGUGGAGUAAGAAACGUCGGCGACAGAAGCAGAUGCCAGAAGAGCUCGUGGCGCCGAAGGUGCCCCGAAAGGAGCUCGGCCUUGAUGACAGUCGCAGCAACACUCCACAGGGCUUCCCUGCUCCUGGAGGCAUCAAAGCUCAGAAUACAGCCGCUUCUUCUCUGCUUGAUCCAAAAGGUCCAAACUCCCAGUUCACACAGGAGCAGCUGGCGGUCCUCCUGAACUUGUUUGGUCAGCCCAAGAGUGCCGUCAACCCAGCCCAGUUUGUUCAGUCUAUGGGCACUAAAGUCAACCAGGAGACGUUACAGCAGCUCACAAAAGCCUUAGCUCCCUCCGACCCAUCCGAACCUCCACCUCAGCCCGCACCUGCCAAGCCUCCCCAGCCCCCUGCACCAGCAGGGGUACCUCGCACACCACCAAUGCCCAAGCCUCCGUCGCCCCCCACGUCUGCCCCGUCAAGUGUUCCAGAGGGCGAGGCCGCGUCCGCCACUCAGACUGCCAUGACCAUGCUGCUGGCUCAGCUCCUGCAGGCCCAGCAGGCUCAGAGGCAGGAAGUCAGUGACAGUGGAGAYGGAACAGAAAGCACCAACCCUGCUGGAGUGACUACAGCAGCGCCGCUUCUACCUCCAGAGGUGAAACAGCCUCCAGAGCCCAGCCCUGUGUCUCCAGUAUCUGAGGUAGGGGGAGUGCCCAUCCUGCCCCCAGACCAGAGACCACCUGAGCCUCCAGAACCACCCCCACAUGCUGACCUAGACUACCGGCAGCCACCGCCCGAACCCCAAACUGGCCACGCUCCCCCUAUUGCUUCAGCAAGUGGAAUCGAUGGAGGUCGGCCCCCAGAGCCAGACUACCCACCUCUCCCUUCUGCAGAGGGUUCCGGGUACGGGGCUGAAUACAGCCACCCACCUCCUCCACCCUUUACUCCUGCAGGCUUUGCAGACAGCUACAUGGGUCACAUGUUAGGUGGAGGCCUGCCACCUCACACACUGAGAGAUGUUUUCAGUGGGCCCGGGCUAGCUGCCAACUCCUCAAACGCUGCAGGGGUCCUGCCACCAGGCCACCCGGACGCUUUCCCUCCAGCAGCAGCUACCGGACCCAGUAAUAUGGUUUUUAGUGGAGAUAAGGACCACCGGUUCGAGUACAAUCACAGCUCUGUAACGAUGGAGGGACAGCCCAACCCUAGUGCGAUGCACCUGUACAACCACACCAUGGUAGGGAAGGACGGUAUCCCUCCUCCACCCAUCCCAGCACCAGGACAACCCUGGGGCUCCCCAUCACAAGUGGGGACCCCGCCUCUCCCGUUUGGCUUCCUUCCACAUGUAAACUCUACAGCAACAAUCAGAGGACGAGGGCUGCCUUUCUGAAAGACUGGAAACUUUGAAUGCAACAAAGAACAAAAGGCUAAAAGACUCCACUUUGAACCCAAAGCCUUUUUUAGGCCAGAUUAGAAGGAUCUGGAAAUGCACAUUCAGUUUUAUUAACUUAAAUCUGUGUAAAGCAUUGUAUUCUUUUUUUUUCCUUAAUCUGGAAUAUGUUGCAGAAGGAUAGUUAAAUAACACCCAAUGAGCUUUUCAUAUUUUUUGUAAUCUAUUCUGCUAUCUUUUAAAUUAAACUUUUAUCUUUUUUGGAUGUACAUCGUCAGGCCAGGUAAAUUUUAAUCUCUACCUUAGCCCUUUCUGUAAUGUUUCAAGGCAGAUUAGUAUUAAUGUUUUGCACUACUGACAGAAGUAGGCAGAAACUAUUUUGACUAUGAAAGAAAAUGGAUAUGGGAUGUCUGCCUAUUAAACUUUUGACUGAUAAUGUCUUUUUUUAGCCAAGAUGAUGUAGUUAUUGAUGGCUCGCUGGAUUGGGUUGGUGGAUUGGACACAGGCGCAUGAAGCUAUGUGAGAACAAAGACUGGUAGCACUUGUACUACUGCAGAAAUCAUGAAGAAAGGUUGUUUUUAAUUAAAAUUCCCCUUUUUUGGCUGUAGGUGUAAAAUCACGAGAAAAAGCAAAAACAUUAUCGGAGUUAAGAUAAAGUGAAAUUACUUUUUUUUUGUACUAGGAUAAUCUGCCCCACCCCUCCCUUGUCUUUUUUUUUGGCAAAUGUUUAUUAAAGAAAUCCCAACAGUGUGUCA